GAGAAAAUCCUUUUUCAUGAUUCAGGAAAUCGCUCUACUGAUCAAUUUUUAGAAAACGUUUUUGAAUAAUUAUUUCCUUUUUAUUUUUUCUGAUUUUGGGGAAUGGCCAAAAACCCUAACCCCAAACACACAGAGGAUCACAUUAUAUAACGCACACAGCUCAUUUUCUUAACGGAGGCACCUCAAAUUCUAAUUCAUUUCUGAUAAACCCUCAUUUUCCAUCUCUAUAUCAAAACUUGGAGGAUUGAAGCUUGAAUAGGUUUGAACAAUGUCGGAUGAGGAGAGGGAAGAGAGGGAGCUGGAUCUCUCCUCUCCAGAGGUUGUCACCAAGUAUAAAUCCGCCGCAGAGAUUGUCAACAAGGCACUUCAAUUGGUGGUGUCCGAAUGUAGGGAGGGAGCUUUGGUUGUUGACCUCUGUGAGAAAGGCGAUACUUUCAUCAGAGAUCAGGCUGGGAACAUGUACAAGAAUGUAAAGAAGAAGAUUGAAAGAGGUGUUGCUUUCCCAACUUGCAUAUCUGUAAACAACACUGUCUGCCAUUUUUCGCCUGCCAAAGAUGAUACUACUAAGAUUGGGGCUGGCGAUGUUCUGAAAAUAAAUUCUGGCCAGUGGAUAUCUGAUGAGUUGGCUUAUUUGUUUACUCUUUGGUCCUUUUGCAGUGACAUGGGGUGUCACAUAGAUGGGUUUAUUGCUGUAGUUGCUCAUACUCAUGUAGUUCAGUCUGAGCAAGGACCUAUCACAGGCAGAGCAGCCGAUGUUAUUGCUGCUGCAAAUACUGCAGCUGAGGUUGCCUUGAGGCUCGUGCGGCCUGGGAAGAAGAAUAAAGAUGUGACGGAAGCAAUCCAGAAAGUUGCUGCUGCUUACGACUGCAAGAUUGUUGAAGGAGUUCUAAGUCAUCAGAUGAAACAGUUUGUGAUUGAUGGAAACAAAGUUGUAUUGAGUGCGUCGGGCCCCGAAACGAGAGUUGAUGAAGCAGAAUUCGAGGAAAAUGAAGUUUAUUCCAUUGACAUUGUUACGAGUACUGGUGAAGGCAAGCCAAAGUUGUUGGACGAGAAACAGACAACAAUAUAUAAAAGAGCUGUCGACAAGAAUUAUCACCUAAAGAUAAAGGCAUCUCGGUUCAUAUUUAGUGAGAUUAGUCAGAAGUUCCCUGUCAUGCCUUUCACCGCCAGGGCCCUGGAAGAUAAGCGCGCUCGUUUGGGUUUACUAGAAUGUGUUAAUCACGAACUUCUACAGCCAUAUCCUGUACUUCAUGAGAAGCCUGGUGACCUGGUUGCACACAUUAAGUUCACGGUAUUGCUAAUGCCUAACGGAUCGGAUCGGAUCACGUCUCAUCCUCUACAAGACCUGCAACCUACGAAAACAGUUGAGGAUACUGAGAUCAAGGCCUGGUUAGCACUGCCCACGAAGACAAAGAAGAAGGGAGGUGGCAAAAAGAAGAAAGGUAAGAAAGCAGACAAGUCAGAGGAUGCUGGUGCUGAUGCCGAGCCUAUGGACUCAGCUGCUUAAGAAUGAGAAAAUUGAAAUUUGUUGUUAAAUCAUGAAAUUUUGGCCGGCCCAGUGUCGUUUGGUAGAUUGAAGUCCUGGAAUGUGAAUCCUUAACUUGAAAUAUACUUUGGAUAUGUGUGUUCUCUACACAGCACUUGUUGAUUCUUUUUUUAUAUCGUCGAUUUUGUAAAGGCGAAAUUUCCUCUUUAAAAGUUAUUAUCUAGGCGGCCAUUGAACAAUCAAAUGUGGAGAUGAGUAAAAUAUAUGAAAAUUACAUAAAAUUCCAAUACAAUUGGUGUGCUUUCAUCCUGAGGCUAAUGCAGCUAGAAGUAGGGAAAAUUGGAGUAUUUAAAAUUACCUUAUGUGACAUUGUUGGUGUUAAUUAGCAAAAGGAAAUUGGCC